UCCACCCUCAUUGCCAUCGUCACUGCCACCGUCGACCGCGCGGCAUUUGCUCUUGCCGCCGCCGAUGCCACCACCAUUUCCAUUUCCGUUUAUAUUCGUCCACCGUCACAUAUUCCGAACAGUACAGGACUACCACGAGCAGUGUCACCACUUCCUCUCUCGUUACCCUUAACAAUAACUUCGCUGAAAUCCGCCAAGAAUAUGAGACGAAGGAGUAGUGGCUCGUCGGCACAGUCUAUAAGUUGUGCAGCAAGCACUUCUUCGGCAUCUAACUGCGAAGCGGUGUCAUCACAAGAUUCGGGACGCGCAACGGGGGGAUUGGCGUCCUCGCUGUCCCCUAUGGAUGAAGCAGGGGAGGUCCUUCCUAUGUAUGAGUUCGAGAUUCCUAACACCCUAGUCGGUUUAGUAAUUGGAAUCAAAGGCAAAACAAUAAAGGAGCUUAGUUCAAGAACUGAUGUACGAAUGCUUAUACGACAACACCACACCCCAGAGAAAGUAGACACUCAUCAAAUAUGUCAAGUCCGCGGGAAGCGCGAACAAAUCAAUCGCUGUUUGCAAAUGUUACGUAGACGGUUCCCACCGGCACGAUUUCCAGAAUUAAAUUUACAGCCUGUUUUACCACCACCUCUAGCAAGCAAUUUAUUUGAUGCCCUAGCUUCACAACCUAGCUGGGUACGCCUUACUCUUCCGGAUGCGAUACCAUGUGAAGUUGUGUGUUCUUCGGUUAUUGAUCCAGGGCACUUCUUUUUACAACAACCCACACAUCCUUCGUUUUCUUCAUUGUCCCAUCUCGACAUGUAUAUGAUACGCUUGUAUAGCCAAGGAUCGGAUAUACCGGACUUGCCGAAACCUUGUCAAACUGGCCUACUUUGUGCUGCCCCAGUGCUAGGAGCAUGGUUCCGCGCAGUAACUGUGAGCUACUACCCGGAUAGUGACGAAGUUAUGCUGAGAUUUGUUGAUUAUGGAGGUUACACUCGAUUACCACGAAGCGAAUUGCGACAAAUUAGGACAGAUCUGAUGUCAUUGCCGUUCCAAGCCAUCGAAUGCUACUUGGCACACGUCCAACCAAUUGACGGGACGUGGCAAUGGGGAGAGGCUGCGUUCGCUCACUUCCAAAAGUUAUGCAUGGGCAAAGUCAUCAAUGCCACAGUGGUUGGUUUCAAUGUCCACGAUAAAGUUCCUAUGGUUGAAUUGACUGUGCUGGAUGAGGAGAGCAAGCCGAUACGCGUGGAUAAGGAUCUGAUGGAAGCUGGGUUCGCAAAGGCGUCAGAUCCAUCAAAAUUACAAAAAGUAUCGUCAACUAAGGGCCGUCCACUAUCAACCAACCCUACGCCCAUGGUAGCUGCUGUCUGA